AAUGCUGGAGCUGCGGGGCCUCAAUGUUAGGCUUGAACUAGUCUUCCCUGGAAACUGAUUGCUUGCGAGGAACCGAGAUGGCCACCUAUCCAACCCGUCAAGAUAUCCCUCCGUGGCUGAAAAUUCCUGAAGAUCUGAAAGAUCCAGAAAUAUUCCAAGUCCAGACGCUGCUGCUAAAAUAUCUGUUUGGACCACAGGGAUCUCGAAUCCCUCACAUAGAGCGGGUGAGUCAGGCCAUGAUAGAAAUGAAGGCUCUGGAAUCUUCCGAACUGACUGAGGUCUUAGUUUACGGCUCUUACGAACACAAGCUUCGGGCCAAAUGGAUGCUUCAGUCCAUGGCUGAAAGGUGCCGCCUGCGCCAGGAGAGAGGAAUGCUCAGGCUGGAGGAAGCCAUGAAGACCCUGGAAUUAGACCAGUGUUUGGAGUGAAGCCAGUUUCCAGUCAAUGUGACAGAUAGACCGUGGCCAGUAUUGGAGCAAUUCUGAUGUGGUUUUUAACUUUGUUACAUCCUUUGCAGUCUAAGAGGUAUUUCUGGACCCCUGCUUUGCAAUGAGUUCUGAUGAGAACAUCUCUUUCCUAGGUUGCUAAUAAAUAUCAAAAUUUAAAUAGUCAAAUA